AUGGCGACCGUUGAAGAGAAAGGCUUAGAAGACGAUCACACACAAGAUGGGACUGUGGAUCUCAAAGGUAGACCAGUUUUAAGAUCAAAUACUGGGAGAUGGAGAGCUUGUUCCUUCAUUGUAGGGUAUGAAGUGUUUGAGAGGAUGGCAUACUAUGGAAUUGCAUCAAACUUGGUGAUUUAUUUGACAACGAAGCUGCAUGAAGGCACAGUUACCUCUGCAAACAAUGUUACCAACUGGGUUGGCACUGUUUGGAUGACACCGCUUUUGGGAGCCUAUAUAGCAGAUGCUUAUCUUGGUCGAUAUUGGACUUUUGUUAUUGCUUCAGCCAUAUAUCUUGUGGGUAUGUCCCUGUUAACCCUAGCAGUAUCACUACCUGAUCUAAGGCCACCCUCAUGUGCCCAAGGAAUCAAAUAUGAAGAUUGUGACAAAAGAGCCUCACCAUUCCAAGUGGCCAUAUUCUAUGGUGCACUUUACAUAAUUGCCAUUGGAACUGGUGGGACCAAACCCAACAUCUCCACCAUGGGAGCAGAUCAGUUUGAUGAGUUUGCGCCCCAAGAGAGGAUCCAAAAGCUCUCAUUUUUUAACUGGUGGAUGUUCAGCAUCUUCUUUGGAACCCUUUUCUCAAACACAUUCUUGAUUUACAUACAAGACAAAGUUGGAUGGGCUCUGGGAUAUGGUCUCCCGACACUUGGCCUUGCAAUCUCUGUUGUGGUGUUUUUGUUAGGGACUAAGUUUUACAGGCACAAAUUGCCUUCUGGGAGUCCAUUUAGUAGGAUAGCUCAUGUGUUUGUGGCAAGCAUAAGGAAGUGGAGGGUGGCAAUCCCAGAUGACCAAAAGGAGCUUCAUGAGUUGAGGUUGGAAGAGUACACAAAGGCUCGGAAAUUCAGAAUUGACAACUCCACUUCCUUGAGAUUUCUUGACAAAGCGGCCGUAAAGAGCGGACCAACCUCGCCGUGGAUGCUAUGUCCAGUGACACAAGUGGAAGAAACCAAGCAAAUGGUCAAAAUGAUCCCAAUUCUAGUAGCAACAAUUGUACCAAGCAUGAUGUUAGCUCAAGGAGGAACAUUAUUUGUCAAACAAGGCACAACCCUAGACAGAAACAUAGGGCCUCAUUUCGAGAUCCCUCCGGCGUGUCUCUCAGCAUUCAUAACAAUCUUCAUGCUGAUAAGCCUCGUGGUGUAUGAUCGCUUCUUCGUUCCAUGGAUCCAGCGCUACACGAAGAACCCUAGAGGGAUCACAUUGCUUCAAAGACUAGGCAUUGGCCUUGUGUUGCACGUUUUGAUCAUGAUCACAGCUUGGUUAGCUGAAAGAAAGAGACUGAGUGUCGUAAGAGAACAUAAACUAUUUGGGCCAAGGGACACACUUCCCCUAACAAUUUUCGUUCUCCUCCCUCAGUUUGCUUUGCUGGGAAUUGCUGAUUCCUUCGUCGAAACAGCUAAGAUAGAGCUGUUCUAUGACCAAGCACCAGAAGGAAUGAAAAGCCUUGGGACUGCAUACUUCACUACCAGCUUGGGAAUUGGGAGUUUUGUCAGUAGUUUUCUUCUUUCGACAGUUUCGAAGAUCACCAAGAAACAUGGUCGGGGUUGGAUUCUGAAUAACCUAAACAUCUCUCAUUUCGAUUACUACUACUUGUUCUUGGCUGCACUGAGCACUCUCAACUUGCUCUUCUUUCUGCUCGUUGCAAAGUACUUUGUUUAUAACGCAGACCCAACAGAAUCAAAAGGCAACUUUGCCAUGGAAACUUCGCCGAGCAAACCUUCGGCUCAAGCUUCUACCGAAGCCUCAAAUGCUUCACUCAUAAGCUGA